AGUAAAAACAAACUUAAAAUCCUCACCACAUUCUUCUACUGAUCCUGAGCUCUGUCAGUCUUUCUGAGUCUGCUUCAGGCUACUCAUAAAAUCUGACUCCUCCUUGCUCCAAAGGUCCUCCUGCCUGAACCAGGAGGUCAGAGGAGACGCAGGAGAAAGGCAGACGACGAGGAGCGAGGAGGAACCAGGGGGUCAUGGGAGCGCAGGAGAAGGAGGUGGACGCCGCUCCUCCUGUUGGUAAGAAACAUCAGAAAACAUCCAAAGAGGUUUAUUUCGCCGUGCUGCCAGACCGAUACGAGCCGCUGAUCGAGGAGGAAGAGGAGGAGGAGAGAGAGGAGACAGCAGAGGAGAGACGGAGGAGGAAGGAGGAAAAGAAGAGGAAGAAGAAGAAGAAGUAUAAGAAGUACAGGAAGAACGUGGGAAAGGCGCUGCGGUUCACCUGGCGUUGUUUUAUGCUCGGUCUACAGAACAUGGCAUCCACCUACUCCACGCCGCUCUCAGCCGUGUCCACGGUGGUGACCGAGGUUCAGCGAUCAUCCAGCAGCAAGGCCUGAUGGGACAUGGAAAGAUUUACUAAUGAAAGGCCCUUACAGCUCAUCAGGCCCCUAAUGAUCCAUGUUAUGGAUGAUAAUCAGGGCCACAAAGACAUCUAAAUGCUGUCUGUAUUUGAAUGAACUGAAGGAGAAGAAAUAGUGAAUCUAAGUGUUUUAGAGGUAUUUUCACUGAUAUUCCAAAGGAUUUUUGCUUUUGUUGUUUAUUUAUAAGAAUUAAAAAAAAAACAGACUUUAUGGGAAAACUAAAAAACAUUUCAGAAAUACAACAAAAAAAAGUGACAAACUUCGCUGUAAUGGAAAUUUGACAGUCAUUUUAUAAUCCUUAUUCUUAGUUUAACAUGCUGUUGUGAGUGUUGAGAUUAUCAUGUAUUAAAAACCUCUAUCAGUGAUGCAUGAUAACUAUUUUUCUGAACCGAUACUGAUAACCGAUAAUUUCCUACUCCUGAUGGCCGAUAAACGAUAAUAACAGAUAUAUUUUUUUCAAUUGUUGAUUUAACAAAAGAAGUUUAUUUGAUGUGUUUAUGCACAUCUAGGGGUAAGAAGGGGUUAAUAUGUAGUGAGCAAAGAUAUUUAUAACUAAUUUUAACUAAUAUCACUCACGUUUUUCAAAAAACAAAGAACUAUUCUGACUUUAUAACUGUUAUUAUAGUUCACUUAAACAUUUUCUACACACACGGUCGUGUUAACCUCCCCGUAAAUACUGAAAAACGCCACCGUGUUGUUAGCAUUUUAGCACAGGGGCUGCUAUUUUCUCUUCUUUGGUACUUUAAUAUAGUGAUGUGCGGAUCGAUACUGAAAUAUCGAUCCUUCCAAUACCAGAGAUUUAUGUUCUAGAAUCGAUUCUCAUGUGAAAAUAUCGAUAUUUUAAUAACUGUGAACAAAUGUAUGGUUUACCAUUAUCAGGAACACAAUGGAAAGUAGUAGUCUGACUACCAGACUUAGGUUUUGUUUUAAUGAUCAAACAACGGAAUCCUAUUCUAUUCAAAUGUUCAUUAAUAAAUAUGGUUAUUAAAUCAGUAAUGAAAUUAAGAAAUGCCACAAUAAACAGCUGCAUGAGUUCAGCUUGGAGUAAAAUCUAUGUCCCUGAGAUCAGCUCACAUCUGUUCAGUAGGCCUAGAUUUAGUCAGGUAAGGUCACCUGUAAAGUAAAACAUUUAAGGUGGAUUACAUAGGCUAGGUCUUACUAAAAUAUGCAUAAUUCUUGCAAUAAAACAGCCAUUGUGGGCUUUAAAAAACAGAUACAAAUGAAAAACAUUUUAUAAAUAAGACAGAUAAUAACAUUGUAUCUAUAAAAUACUUGUGCUAUUUUCAGUCUCAUUUCUUUUUACUGAUGGUUAAUGGAAUAUUUUAAAAUGCAGGUACUGACAAACUUACACCGUUAUUAUGACAUUUAUUUUAUUUUCAUGAAAUUAUGUAUUUUACUUGCAAUUUCAAUGAGUCACAUAACUUUUCAUAUAUAAUGGCAGGUGAAUGAAAACUAUUAAUUCUUUAAUUUUAGUGUAGGCUGUUUUAAGAGUCUACUCACAUAGCUGAAUCAAAACAAGAUUAAGAAUUCACGGAAAGAAUCGGUAUCAGAUCAGUAUCAGCGAUACCAGCCUGAAUUUACUUGGUAUCGGAUCAGAAAGGAAAUCAGUGGUAUCACACAUCACUACUGUAAUAGCAGGUCGUGUACUGCGGCGCCACCUGCUGUUUCGGGAUGUGUAGUCUCAUGAGAAAGAAAACAAAUGCCAGCACUGCCGUGCUGAUAUAUGUUAUCAGGGCUUGUCUUAAUGAUACUGGACCGAUAAGAAUGACGUAAUAAUUUCCUGUUAUUGGGCCGGUAACUAUCGGCCCGAUAGUUAUCGUGCACCCCUAACCUCUAUCAUGGCUUUUUAUAAACCAUUCUAUCUUCAUCGUCUUUGUUAAAAUGUGUGAGUUAGUGAUAUUGAUUUUUCAUGGCUGGUAACACUAAACAUCAGUAGGAACUUGGAUCAAUAUUUGGGGACUGAUGUAUGUCAGUGAUUGGCUAGUUCACAUGUGAUUGAGCCAAUCAGAAAGGGCUGUAGGUGAAAGAUGAGGUGAGACUGGAGAGUAAAAACAGACCUCAUAGUUUCAAUCUGAUCAAUCAGUCAGCAGUCAAAUAAAGAGCCAUUACAGAUAACCAUCCAGGCUGAAAACUGGGCCACACCUACUUUUAUGUUUGCUUGAAUUAUAUGACAUGUAAAGAAUAUCUUUAAAAAAAGGUAGAUUUUUUUUUUGUUAUACUUGAUCGCUGUUAACUUGUGUAAAGACAAGAUUUUACUAUAAAAUAUUAAUUCUUGGA